AGCGCUUGUUUACAGGAUUAAGCUCUCCGUUAUUUGAUACUUAUUCUUUCUGUGCUUUCCUAGAAAAAUGGAAAUCGCCACUCCUCCGACGUCAAAGUGUAUCAUAUACUGGAAAAGAAAAGUCAAGUCUGAAUAUAUGCGUCUGCGGCAGCUGAAGAGGUUUCAGGCGAACAUGGGAGCUAAGGCUCUGUUUGUGGCCAACUUUGCGAAGGUUCAUGAAAAGACUCAAAUUCUGAAUGAAGACUGGAAGAAGCUGCGAGUCCAGCCGGUGCAGCUGAUGAAGCCGGUCAGCGGGCACCCCUUCCUCAAGCAGUGUACCGUUGAGAGCAUUUUCCCGGGAUUUCCGAGCCAGACGCUAUACAUGAGGACCCUGAACACGGUGGCGCUGGUGCCUAUCAUGUACUCCUGGUCCCCUCUUCAGCAGAAUUUCAUGGUGGAGGAUGAAACUGUUCUGUGCAAUAUCCCGUACAUGGGAGACGAGGUGAAGGAAGAAGAUGAAACUUUCAUUGAAGAACUUAUUAAUAACUAUGAUGGGAAAGUUCACGGAGAGGAAGAAAUGAUUUCAGGGUCGGUCCUCAUCAGUGACGCUGUGUUCCUGGAGCUGGUGAACGCCCUGAAUCAGUACUCAGAUGAGGAAGAGGAAGGACACAAUGAUUCUGAGGUUAAACAGGAGGAUGGGAAAGAGGAGCUGCCAGUCACAAGGAAGAGAAAGCGAAUUGCAGUGGACGGGAACAAGAAGUGUUCGAAGAAGCGGUUUCCAAAUGACAUGAUAUUCACUGCUAUUUCUUCCAUGUUUCCUGAAUACGGCUUCCCAGAUGAUAUGAAAGAGAGGUACCGGGAGCUCACAGAAGUGUCGGACCCGAACGUGCUGCCGCCGCAGUGCACUCCCAACAUAGACGGGCCGUGCGCGAAGUCGGUCCAGCGGGAGCAGUCCCUGCACUCCUUCCACACCCUCUUCUGCCGCCGCUGCUUCAAAUACGACUGUUUUCUGCAUCCUUUUCAUGCAACUCCUAAUGUGUACAAACGAAAGAAUAGAGAGACCAAGAUCGAGCCAGAUCCUUGCGGAGCAGACUGUUUCCUCUGGCUGGGCGACAGCGACCGAGACACGGGCAACGAGUGGGCCUCCAGCUCCUCGGAGGCCAACUCCCGCUGCCAGACCCCCACCAAGCAGAAGCUGAGCCCGGCCUCCUCCCAGCUCUUCGCGGUGGAGACGCCGCAGGAGCCCGUGGAGUGGACGGGAGUCUUUCAGUUUGCAGUGAAAGAAUCACUUAUAACAAAACUGCCAACAAAUGAAUUAAUGAAUCCAUCCCAGAAGAAGAAAAGGAAGCACAGGCUGUGGGCUGCGCACUGCAGGAAGAUCCAGCUGAAGAAAGAUAAUUCUCCUACCCAGGUGUACAACUACCAGCCCUGUGACCACCCCGAGCAUCCCUGUGACAGCUCCUGCCCUUGCAUCAUGACUCAGAAUUUCUGUGAGAAGUUCUGCCAGUGCAACCCUGACUGUCAGAACCGCUUCCCAGGCUGCCGCUGUAAAACCCAGUGCAAUACCAAGCAGUGCCCGUGCUACCUGGCCGUGCGGGAAUGCGAUCCGGACCUCUGCCUGACCUGCGGGGCUUCGGAGCACUGGGACUGCAAGGUGGUCUCCUGCAAGAACUGCAGCAUCCAGCGAGGUCUCAAAAAGCAUUUGUUGCUGGCACCAUCGGAUGUCGCCGGCUGGGGGACUUUCAUCAAGGAAUCUGUGCAGAAGAACGAGUUCAUCUCCGAGUACUGUGGUGAGCUCAUUUCGCAGGACGAGGCUGACCGGCGAGGGAAGGUCUAUGACAAGUACAUGUCCAGCUUCCUCUUCAACCUCAACAACGAUUUUGUUGUUGAUGCCACCCGCAAAGGAAAUAAAAUCCGCUUUGCCAAUCACUCGGUGAACCCCAACUGCUAUGCCAAAGUUGUGAUGGUCAAUGGAGACCACCGGAUAGGGAUCUUUGCCAAGAGGGCCAUCCAGGCGGGAGAGGAGCUCUUCUUUGAUUACAGGUACAGCCAGGCAGACGCCCUGAAGUACGUUGGCAUAGAGAGGGAGACGGAUAUCAUCUAGGCUCUGUGCGGGGCGGCCCCCAGCACACCUUGCUGCUGCACCUUGUAAGCAAUGCCAUGUUCGCUUCACGCUGACAUGACUGCUGCUGUUCCCGUUGCUGUGUGUGUCACAAGUGCUACUUCCCAUC